UAAGUGAUUAACACCAGAAAAAUUGUGAAAUUUUUGUAAAAAAAAGAAGAAUUAAAUUUAACACAAAAUGUCAAUGUUUACUUGCAUCAAUUGCAGCGUUAAAUUCGCUUCAGCGGACAUACAACGUGAACAUUACAAAACAGAUUGGCAUCGUUACAAUCUGAAGAGACGUGUAGCCGAACUGCCACCAAUCACUGCUGAAGAAUUCCAAGCGCGUGUCAUACAAAUGCGCAAUGAUAAAGCCACCGAAAAUGAGGAAAAACAAAUGAGCUUGUACUGCAAUGCCUGUCGCAAACAGUUUGGCAACCAAAAAACCCAUGACAAUCAUUUGAACAGCAAGAAACACAAAGAUAAUCUAGCCAUAUUUGAAAGAGAAAAUCAGGGAGAUGAAAAAGAAAUUACCACCAAAUCGGUGAUACAACCCAGACCACAUCCGGCCAUAGCCGCUGCGGCUCAAGGCAAAGGUAAAUUUGCUUUGGAACAGGUGGCCCAAGGCGAAGAAAUGGAGGCAGACGAUGAUGAUGACGAUUAUGAGGAUGUUGAGGAGGAGGUGGUAGAUUCGGAUGAAUUAGAUGAGCUGGCCGAGAAUCCUUUAACCGAAAAAGAUUGUUUGUUCUGUGUACACAAAGCAGAAGAUAUUAUGGAUAAUUUGAAACACAUGUCCGAAACACAUUCCUUUUUCAUACCCGACUUGGAUUAUUGCACAGAUUUGGAAGGUUUGCUGAAUUAUUUGGGAGAAAAGGUGGCUGUGUACUUUAUCUGCUUGUUGUGUAAUGAACGGGGCAAGACUUUUUAUACUUUGGAUGCUGUAAGAAAACAUAUGUUGGAUAAGGGUCAUUGUCAAAUGUGUCAUGAAGGUUUGGCUUUAGCAGAAUAUGCCGAUUAUUAUGAUUACAGUUCCAGUUAUCCAGAUCAUAAAGAAGGCAUGGAUAUUGAUGAGGAAGUGGUACCCGAUCUCUUGGAUGGUGAUGAGUACCAAUUGGUUUUACCCUCGGGCGCUGUUAUUGGCCAUCGUUCCUUGAUGCGCUACUACAAACAACGUUUAAAUCCCAGUCGCGCCUUGAUGCCCAAGAAAUCCGAUCGCAAACUCCAUCAUCUAUUGAGUACUUAUCGCUCUUUGGGCUGGACUACCAGUGAUCAACAUGCUGCCGCACGCAAAGCUCGCGAUAUUCAUGUUAUGAAACGUGUUCAAGCCAAGUGGCAGAUGAAAUUGGGCUGCCGUGCCAAUAAAUUGCAACAUCAUUAUCGGGAUCAAGUUAUGUUCUAAACUGUAAAUAGUUUAUAGAUGAAUGUGAUUUGUGUUAUAGAGAAAUUAUGGUAAACGCUGAAUAGUUAUAUGAUAAAGAAUUUUUAAAUUGGAUAAAAGUAAAUAUGUAUCAAAGAAUUUGAUAAAAAGAAAA